GUACACGCCCUGUCCUCCUACACCCAGGCUAGCCAGCCACAGCCCCGCCACCUUCUUUAGCAGGUGGACGCCGCCGCUGCUUCCUCAGUCCUCCUGGGAAACACCCUUCCUACCUCCUCCUCCUUCUGCUGCCGCUACCGGACGACCCAUCGCCACCGCCAAGAUGCCGAAAACGGUCAACGUACGUGUCACCACAAUGGAUGCUGAGCUGGAGUUUUCCUUCCACCCCAACACCACCGGGAAGCAACUCUUUGACCAGGUGGCCAGGACAAUCGGGCUGCGCGAAGUUUGGUACUUUGGGCUCCAGUUUGUUGACGGAAAAGGUUUUCUCACCUGGCUCAACACCAACAAGAAGGUGAUGUCCCAGGACGUUCGCAAGGAGACACCUCUGCAGUUCAAACUGCGCGCCAAGUACUACCCGGAGGACGUGGCGGAGGAGCUGAUCCAGGACGUGACCCGCCGCCUCUUCUACCUGCAGGUGAAGGAGGACAUCCUGAGCGAGGACGUCUACUGCCCGCCCGAGACGGCCGUCCUGCUGGCCUCCUACGCCAUCCAGGCCAAGUACGGCGAGUACAAGAAGUCGGUGCACCGCCCGGGCUACAUGUCCUCGGAGCGCCUCAUGUCGCGCAGAGUCCUGGAGCAACACAGCUUAUCCAAGGACCAAUGGGAGGAAAAGAUUAGGGUCUGGCACGAGGAGCACGGAUGCAUGCUCAAGGACGAGGCGAUAAUUGAGUACCUGAAGAUCGCCCAGGACCUGGAAAUGUACGGCGUCAACUACUUUGAGAUCAAGAACAAGAAGGGCACCGACCUGUGGUUGGGCGUGGACGCCCUGGGCCUCAACAUCUACGAGAAGGAGGACAAGAUGACGCCAAAGAUCGGAUUUCCCUGGAGUGAAAUCAGGAACAUUUCCUUUAACGAUAAAAAGUUCAUCAUCAAGCCCAUCGACAAGAAGUCCCCUGACUUCAUCUUCUAUGCGCCGAGGCUGCGCGUCAACAAGCGCAUCCUGCAGCUGUGCAUGGGCAACCACGAACUGUACAUGCGCCGGCGCAAGGCGGACACCAUCGAAGUGCAGCAGAUGAAGGCCCAGGCGAAGGAGGAGCGCCUGCAGAAGAAGAUGGAGCGCGACCAGCUGGACGGUGAAAAGAAACGCAGGGAGGCCAUCGAGCGCGAGAAGGAGCAGAUGGAGCUGGAGAAGCGAGAGCUCUUGACCAAGCUCCAUCAGUACGAGGAGACCACGAAGAGAGCUGAGAGGGAGCUCCAGGAGCAGCUGGACCGGGCCAUGCGACUGGAGGAGGAACGGAGGAAAGUGGAGCAGGAGGCGGCCAGGCUGGAGGCCGAGAGGAUGGAGGCCAUCAUCGCCAAGGAGGAGCUGGCCAGGCAAGCUGAGGACCAGAUGAAGAGCCAGGAGCAGCUGGCAACGGAGCUGGCUGAGUACAGCGCGAAGAUCAUGCUGCUGGAGGAGGCCAAGAGGGUGAAGGAGGAGGAGGCGGAGACGUGGCACUGCAAGGCUAAAGAGGUCGAGGAGAACCUGAUGAAGACGCAGGAGGAGCUGCGGACCGUGAUGACCAGCUCGACCCCCGCGGCCGCCGCCUCCUCGUCCUCGUCGGACAGCGAGAGCGACCACGAGCACAGCGAGGAGAACAGCACCUGCAGCGCCGAACUGCACUCGCAGGGCAUCAACGACCACCGCCGCGAGGAGGACAGGCUCACCGAGGCCGAGAAGAACGAACGCCUGCAGGCCAAGCUCAGGGCGCUGAGCUCCGAGCUGGAGGAGACGCGCAACCACCAGAAGAAGACGGCCAGCGACCUGCUGCACGCCGAGAACGUCCGCGCCGGCCGGGACAAGUACAAGACGCUCCGGCAAAUCCGCAUGGGCAACACCAAGCAGCGGAUCGACGAGUUCGAGGCCCUGUAAUGCAAAGAAGCGGCCCUCCGCCGGGGAAGACGGCCGUGGUCCAGUCAAGCACUCAAACGCGGGGAAACCACAAAGACGAGUACUGUACGCGCCCUCGUGAGCACGCGUGUGUUAUUAUGUGGUCUGAGCAGCUCUUUCAUCCUUCAUCUUAUUUUGUUGUUAUUAUUACGUUGGCCUAGGAGCAUAAUUGCUCGUGUCAUUUUUGCUACAAGUUUCCAUUUGCCGUUAUUCAAUCUUUGCCGAUUACUGUGCUGACAUCGUGGGGGGGGGGGAUUAUUUAAUUUUUCCUGUCUUAAUCUUUUAUUUUAUCUUUUUAAUUUAAUUUUUUUUUUAAUUCCCUUUUCCCUUCUUUCUGUGCUUUUAUGUUUUGUUUUCCUCUCUUUUUCCCUCUUUUUUUCUGUUUUCUCCAGUUUUAUAAACUUUCCUUUCUUUACACAAAAGGGAACAAUUUUCAGCGAGCAUAUUAGCAUAUACAUAUAUAAAUAUAUAUACUGUAUAACCCAACUGUUUGUUAAAAAUGACUUGAGGUAAUUAUGCUACUAAGCUAACAUUGAGUCAAAGAAUCUCCUCACAUUUAAAUAAAACUUGACUA